UCCAGCUCAUUGAUCAAUUAAAAAAAAACAAAAAGAAAAUAGGAGAAAAAGCCUUAGGGGUGUGCGCGUGAAGCAAAACCCUAAACCAAUUUGUAAUAAUAUGUAUAUAUAUUAGAUCUCCAUCUCCAUUAUCAUCGCAACCUUCUCACAAAACAUUUUAUCAACAUAUACAUAUAUGCUUAGCCUAUCAUGAGCAACAUCCCCAGAUCUCUCACCGACUCAUCUCUCUCUAUAUUUCUUCUAACCAUAUCUUCUGCAGUCGAUCCUUGGCCCUUCUCUAUCGCCGUCUUUUAACACCAGCUGCUCUUCUCCGUCGUUAAACGUUUUCAAUCAAUCGUCGUGUUUCUCCAUAGGUGUUUCGGUAAGAAAGAUUCGAUACUUUUGAUGGGUUUUGAGGAACACGUACAUAAACAGAUGGUGUUCAAGUUUCACUUUCCUCAUUUCCACAUACCCCAUCAUCACCAUCAUCAUGUUCCCAAAGGCUGUGUUGCGAUCAUGGUGGGACACGUAGGAGAUGAAGGAGGUCUACAACGAUUCGUGGUUCCGUUGAUGUUCUUGAGCCAUCCUCUGUUCUUGAGGCUCUUGAAAGAAGCUGAAGAUGAGUACGGAUUCAAACAUGCUGGUCCGAUUACGAUUCCUUGCCGUGUGGAUGAGUUUAAGCAUGUUCAGGAGAUUAUCAACGAGGAGACUCAUCGCCAUCGCCAUCACAGUCACGGACACAACAACCAUAACCACCACCACAACAACAACCAUCUGCGAUGUUUCUGAAGAUCUGUGUUUGGUAUUGGUUUGUUUGGUUUGACAUGUAAUUGAUUGGUUUGGUUUGGUUUGACUUCUCGUUUGAGAUUGUUUUAGUUUGCUUAGUGAUGAUGAUGAAAAAUACAGAGUGCAAUUGAAUGUGAAUGCUUCUCUCAUCUUUUACGGAUGUAAUCGUGAGGAAUAAGGAAUUUCAAUGUGUGAAUGCCUGCUUGGAAUAACGUAUUAUUUGAAUUUAUUAUUAGGAAAAAUAACGUGAAUGUUUUUUUAAUUAUGUAAUUGAUUCUAACGCGUUUGGCCGUGGACCAUGUUGCUUUUGUUGCUCUUUUUCUUAGAGAAAUUGCUUUGUUCGUUAGGAUUACAUCCACCACGCCAAG